AUGUCUGAGGGAGAGGCUCGGGCCCCGCCGGGCCGGGGGCUGCCGCCGGAUGUGCUGGCAGAGCAGGUGGAGCUGUGGUGGUCCCAGCAGCCGCGGCGCUCAGCUCUCUGCUUCGCCGUGGCUGUGGGCCUCGUGGCGGGCUGUGGGGCGGGUGGCGUGGCCCUGCUGUCCUCCACCAACAGCCGCUCGGGCGAGUGGCGUCUGGCGGUGGGCACAGUGCUCUGCCUGCUGGCCCUGCUGGUCCUGGUUAAGCAGCUGAUGAGCUCGGCCGUGCAGGACAUGAACUGCAUCCGCCAGCCCCGCCACGUGGCCCUGCUCCGCAGCGGUGGCGGGGCUGACGCCCUGGUGGUGCUGCUCAGCGGCCUGGUGCUGCUGGUCACCGGCCUGACGCUGGCAGGGCUGGCCGCCGCCCCUGCCCCUGCCCGGCCGCUGGCCGCCAUGCUGUCCGUGGGCAUCACCCUGGCUGCCUCAGGUGCACUCUUGCUUCUGGGCCUGCUGCUGUAUCAGGUGGCCGUGAGUGGACACUGUCCCCCCACCCGUGCGGCCGCCCCCUCCGCCCACAGUGACCACAGUGGGAAUGGCAGCGUCUUCAGCAUCUCAGGACGGUUGUCCGCUGGCCAGCGUCACGAGACCACGUCCAGCGUCGCCAGCCUCAUCUGA